CAAAGCAGGCAGAAGAGAUGGAAGGAAGGAGGGAAUGACGGAAGGCAAAAAAUAAAGCAAAGGAAGGAAAGGUAUGUGACACAAAAGCUGGUUUGAGGGAAGGAAGGCAGGAAGGAGCAAAGGUCAGUACGCAAGUAGGGAAGGCAGGAAGACAGAAAGCAGGUCAAAAUAAUGGAAGAAGGAGGGAAGAGUGAAAAAGAAAAAUCAGGUUUAAGUGAAGGAAGGAGCCAUAAGGAAUGAUGGACGGAAGGAUGCAAGAUUAAAAAAAACGAUGAGGAAAGAUAUAAAGAGAGUCUGGAAAGGAUGGAUUUCGGAUAAGAAAGACAACUGUGAAUGUACUAAAAAAUAUACAUAAAAUAAUAACAUUAAAGCGUAAACCUUUUUGGCCCACCCUGUUGUACACGUGUUCUCAAAAAACUGAAAGGAAAAACUCCUAUUAUGUCACUGAGCGCUAUUUUAAUAAGCCAUCAGCAUUUCACUGCCCCAAGUGAGUGACAGCAGGCCGGUCACGCGCCAUGCUGCAUGCUGACUGAGGCGGAAGUGCGUCAUCCCCGUCACGUGACAGCUCUAGCGAACGAGAGGAGGAAGGACACGGGGAGGGACUUACGCUUGUCUUGACUUCAAGCCGGCAUCUCGCACACCGGCCUCAGUGAAACGGAUCAGCCCGGCGAAUUACCUUCACCCAUCCGACCGCAACUCUCCGCGCUAUGAAGAUUUGGACAUCGGAACACAUAUUCAAUCAUCCUUGGGAGACUGUGACCAAGGCAGCGAUGCAAAAGUACCCCAACCCGAUGAAUCCCAGCGUGUUCGGGGUAGACGUUUUAGACAGGACCAUCGACAAGCAGGGCCGGCUCCACAGCAAAAGGCUUCUCAGCACUGAGUGGGGUCUUCCCUCUAUCGUCAAGUCUAUCAUUGGCAACACGCGGACGUGUACGUACAUUCAAGAGCACUCAGUCGUGGAUCCACUCGAGAAGAGUUUGCAACUUCAGUCCACAAAUAUUACAUUCACCAACUUGGUGUCUGUGGAUGAGAAGCUAACGUAUAAACCCCACCCUGAAGAUUCUCGAAAAACAAUCCUGACACAAGAAGCCAUCAUAUCUGUAAAAGGAGUAAGUCUAAGCAGCUACUUGGAGGGCAUUCUAGCAAGCACCAUCUCAACCAAUGCGGGAAAGGGCCGUGAAGCCGUGGAAUGGGUGAUCCGGCGGCUCAACGCCGAAAUCGAGGAACUUGCUGCAACAGCACGCGGGACGAUGCGAAGCCCAAUGGCCGCUGCCACCGUCACUGACAAAUGACCUCUGCUUCUUAUUUUUCCAGUGAAGCAUCCCCAUGCCCCGGUGAUACUCUAACACUGCCUUGUGCUUCUUGUGUGUUAUGUGACAAUGCAUUUGGACCUGCAUAGAAACACCAGGCUCUGAUGGAAUUUUGGGAAUCGGGGUAGGCACUCAGGGAACCAUGGAAAUCGGGAGGAAACAAGUGCCAAAAUCUCAUUGGCUGAAUUUACAGUGCAUGUUCAAGUGAUUUUUUUUUUUUUUUUUAAGGUCAGAUUUGUUUUUUAAUGCUUUCAAGUGCACAAGUGGGAUAUGCGUCAUGGCAGCAUAAAAAGAAGAAAAAAAAAACAUUGGAUCAGAUAUCUUCAGAUCUUCAGAUCAGAAUCAGGACUCUUCCAAAAGUGGAUACAAAUCAGAAUCUUAUGUGCCAAUGUGAGUGUGGAAGUAUACGUCUAGAUGGAAUAUAUCUCAUCAGUAUUAACUCGCUGUCAUCAAAAUACACUGAUUGAUGUGGACACACUUGCAUCGACUCAAACAACAAAAACGAAAACCUGCUGUCAUUCAAAAUUGCACUGAAAGCAUAUAGACAACUAAACAAGCUACAUUAGAGGUUUGUUCGUCCUUAAAUAAGCAAAGUAAUUGCAGAUGGCCGCCACUGUGCCAGUGACUUACAGUAUUGCCAAUGUUACUCUCGUUUUAAUUGUGUGUCAGCACAGGCCAACUAAUAUUUGUAUUAUUUGUGUAUUACGGUUUACUACUUUUGUGUUGUCACUGCCCGCUGUUGGCACUAGUGAGUUAUUUCAGUGCAAUUUGGCUGUCUACAUCUUGUUUCAUGUUUUCGGCCAGUGUAAACACAGCCGCAUCAGAUACUGUAUGUGUCACUGGAGACAGUCCCCCCAAAAAAAACAAAAACGUGAUAUCGGGAUUAAAUUUAGAAUCCGGCACUUGAACCUGUAAUGUAAAUCCAGCCUUAAAAACGCACCAUAUAGUCAGUGUUGUUAUCGAGCACAAACAUGGUACAUGUCAAGCAAACAUGCCAAUUGUGGCAUGAAGAACAAUUGAGCGCACAACAAAACGUGCAUUGUCACGGUGUUGCAAAAGCAUCGAUACAAAGAAAUGGUUCUAGUUUCACUUGGUGGUGGUUAGGUACUUUGAAGUGGUUUUGCAUGUCAGAAGACAGUCAAUGGCACAUAUUUUAUUUAUGUAUUUUUGAGUUGUUGGAGUUUGAUCUUCCAACACUCUUCUGAGACCUCAUUGAUAACAUUCUGUACUGGAUGUCAGUAAAUAAGCUUGUAAAUUAUUAGGCAUUAUUUAAUAAAUAGUAAAAUAUUAUUUUGUAUGAAGGGAUCAAGUUACCUUUGGGGUGUUUUGAGGAAAUCUAGAAUGCUCAGCUGCUUAUUGUGCUUCCAUAGAUAUGAAAGCUGCUCCUUGACUGCAGUCGUUUUCCAUUUGCACUUUCGACAAAGCUGCAGAUUUAGAAGGAGCAGAUAGAGCUGAACAUUCGCAAAGGUUUUCAUACUGUUACGAUAAGACAGUGUGGGGUUGGGCUUUUUUUCAGCAUAUUACUGUGAAUGUAACGCAUUUAUUCAUUAGACUUUUAAAUGAAGUGAGUUGGAAAUUGUAACUUGUGCCUUUGUAAAAUAAAUGGCCAUGCCAACUCAAGAGAAUGCUAAUAAAAGCAUUUUGAUGAUUUUGUACAGUUA